AUGAACCCCAGUCAAGCUCAAAUCCCCACCAUGUCCUUGAGUCUGCUCGAGAAGCUUGAAAUGAUCAAGGGCUGUGAGCUCACCGUUCGAGAUGAGUUGCUUCCGGUCCAGAACCACAUUCUCGCGUUGCUUCUUCAGACCGAGCAAGGCUUGAAGAAGUUAUCUGAGCAGGGUCUCGCGUUGGCCGAAAGGACCAUUGAUAUGUUUAACCAGUGCUCUGCGGCGAACAAUCAAGAAUCUGUCCGGGCACAGACUGGCCUGAAUGCCGCUCUCGAGGCAGCUAUCGAAUUCCAGGUCGCUGCUGCUCAAAAAGCCGCCGAUACACAUGGGGCGAUGGCGAUGCAAACUCACUUCAUGAAUGACGCUCUGGAAAAGGUCCACAACGUCUUUUUUGACCGAGCCAUGGAGUUGGAUCUGCAAUUUGUAGACGUCACUCUCGCAAUCCAACAGGAACUCGCGAACCCACAGACGACCGGUCCUCUCGACCUGACAGCCGAGGAACUGCACGCAAUAGACCAGUUCAUCUUGCAGGAUUUUAGUGACGAGAUUGAGGCGCCGCCGCCAGGCACCGGCCCCGAAAAUGCCAUCACUAUUAAUGACAGUGACAGCCCUCUCGCGACCGGCUUGAACCCGGAGGAUGCUGAUGACACCUUUGGCGGCCCUCACCAGCCAGAACCCAGGGCUACCAACCCCAUCAGCACCAGGAAUGGCCCUCCCAAGAAGAGCUUGGGUGUGGACAAUGCUGCUGACAGCUCUCCCAGCACCCAAUGGCCAAAGCCCAAGAAAGCGAGCGGGCCUCCCACACCUCCACAAACGAAUAGUGCCGGCAACCCAUCCCCAGAAGAAAGGCCUUCCCGAGCAGCCGAAUGGGAGGCCGCCGUCAAUCCCUUCCUGUGCGCGGUAGCCCAUUAUGGCCAGCCAGAAGCUCUCAGUUGGAUCGAAACCCUAACCGAGAUGAUUCGUUUUGACCGAGAUGCCGCGGCUGCAGCUCCCCAGAUAAGUUCGGCAGACAGCGGAAUUGAUGGGUCAUCGCCGACCUUUGGCCAACGGUUUGAGCGGGAACUCAUCCAGGAGAUUGAAGAAACCUUGCGGCACUCCCAGCACCCUGGGCCAAAUGGCAGUUAA